GAAAUUACCACGUUCAUCAUGGGCUAUUUGUCGGCAUCCGGUGUUGCAGCACUUCACGCAGCGCUCGAACUCCAGCCCUCCGAAUCGGUCCGCAGACACUUUCUGCAUCCUUUGAGAGACGUCGACCCGACAAUGCAAAUAUUUCAGUCCUGGUUCCGUGACGACUGCUAUAUUUUCAUGAUUGGCCCGGACACUUUAUUAUUGAAGGAACGCAUUCAGAACCCCGAGGCUUACUAUCAGCAUUACCACCCCCGGAAGCCUCAACUAGAAGCAUGGAUUGUCGGAAUACCCCCUACAUCCCAAUCCAAUUACCGUGCACGUGCCGAACGGGUAACUAGGCUCAAAAAAAGAAUGUCUAACAAACGCAAGGAUAUGAAAGCUAGAGCAAAAGCGUUAAUUGCUCUCGACAAGAUCCUUCUGCACAGUCUCAGACAGUGCAUGUGCCUCUACGACCGCGAAGGACCUGAUGCCAACACAUUUGCUGGAGACAGUAUCCAGGCCAAGUACUUUGACCUUAUCCAUUGCAGUGACACAUCCCUCGGAGACCCAGUCGGACUAAGCAUUUUGGGAACGAAAUUUCGCCUCCCUUGGCAUAUCAAAAGGGCUGUAUCGCUAGGGGAUCAUUGGGCACCAAAAGAUGGCAUGCCGUAUAUCGAUCUAGCUGACCCGUUGCGCCCCCAAUACGCAACUGCCAAUUGCACAUACUGGGGAUCCCCACGCAAGAAUAAGAAUUAUGGAGAUAGGGAUGCUGCUCUUGUAUUCAACUGGCCCUAUUCACCGGAUAUCGAUGAACGUUGGAUGGUUACUAUUCCAACGAAUGUUUUCAGAGAGUGA